AUGUACUUUUCUCUAACAACUCUUGUGCUAGCAAGCGCGACAUGCGCUCAGAAUGUCAGUCGCGGCGCAGCGAUGAUGCGCUUCGCCUGUUCGCAACUUACGGUCGAACGUUUGGAUCCUUUGGUCAACCCUGGAGUUGUCGGAAGCCCACAUACGCACCAGAUCGUUGGGGGAAACAGCUUCCAGCCCGAAAUGAAGCCUGGAGAAUACGAUAUGGUAGAAAAAAGUAAUUGUACUACGUGCACAUUCAGCGAAGAUUUUAGCAACUAUUGGACUGCAGCGUUAUAUUUUCGCGCACAGAAUGGCACAUACAAACGUGUUCAACAGUUCCCGAACGGUGGACUAAACCAGAGAGGUGGUAUGACAGUAUACUAUAUACCCCCAUAUGAUGGCGUCAGUAAUGUGACUGCCUUCAAGCCUGGUUUUCGCAUGCUCGCCGGCAACCCGCUCCUUCGCAACACCACCGGUGAAUCCCGAGGUAUCUGCCAUCGUUGCAUCUACAAAAAUGCGCAACCCUUUGGCGGUGCCCCGUGCACAGAAGAAGACACGACCUUUCUUCCCACCCGCAUGUGCGAAGGCGGUAUCCGCACACAAGUCACGUUUCCUACAUGCUGGGACGGCGUAAAUCUUGAUAGCCCCGACCACCAGAGCCAUGUUGCAUACGCGGAGAUCCCCUACGAACCGUAUGUUGCACCCUUGGCAACGCAUCCAUAUACGCCCGAACAGCAGAGGGGGAAGUGCCCAGAGGGAUUUCCGAUUAUGCUGCCACAGGUCAUGUAUGAGGUCAUGUUCGACACAAUGCCAUUCAACCAGAAGGAGCUAUGGGGCAACGAGGGAACACAGCCUUUUGUGUUCAGUAUGGGUGAUGCAACUGGCCACGGCAACCAUGGCGAUUAUAUGUUCGGCUGGAAAGGCGACGCAUUGCAGAGGGCGCUCAAUGCAAGGUGCAGUAACGAUCAUUGUAGUGAGCUGGAGAGGCAGAGCGACGAAGAUGCAAUGAAGUGUAGUAUUCCACAGACGGUGAUAGAGGAUGUUGAUGGCUAUGAGUGUAAGCAUUCUCUUCUGCAUGAGAGGUAUCGUGCUAAUUUAUUGGACAGGGCUUGA